GCGUAUCAUAUGUUUCUGUUCAUACAACCGUACAUUCAAUCGGCAAAUUUUAAAGAGACGGAACGUCGUGAAAAUAUGUGUGUCGAAAUUCCAACAAAUCUCAAUUUUACAACAGUUUCAUUUAAUUUGAUAGUCAAAAGUUGUUCUAGAGUGAUUCAAGAGACGUUUUUAUCUGCUUAGUAAAACUGUCAAGUAUAGUGAAAUUGAGUGUAAUUAAAUCAAAUAGAAAAUCAGAUCGUCAGUACUAAUUUAAAGACUUCAAGAGAAAGAAGAAUUUUUGUUAAAAAUGGAUUGGAGUCGAUGUGAUGAAAUUGAAUAUGAUUGUAAUAAUCAAUAUGAGAAUAGUAGCAUAUUCCAUACAGAUAAUCCAAAUUAUUUUGACAUCGAUUCUUUACCAUCACCAACUGAGAGUCAAACCAGAAGCAGUGGAAUUUUCACAUUUAGAAAAAGAACAUCUAGUUCACAGAAACAUCCACAAUCGCCAGCUACGAUUGGUGUCUACAAUAAUAUUGACAAUACGAAUGUAGGUAAACGUCGAGGAAGUAUUAAAAAUUUAUGGCGAUCGCGAAGCAAUAGUGCCUCAGUUAAUUAUCCAAAGGAUAGCAAAAUACAGAACCAAGCGUGCAGGAAUGUCCCAACAACACCCACAAAUCCAGUCAUUAAUUUUCAUCAACAUCUUGAAAUACACAAUGAAUCUCAGCACGAUGAGACCGACGAUGUAUUCUAUGCUAGAUCAAGCGACCACAAAUUCUUUCACAGUAUGUCCCAAAAUAUUGAUGAUGAUGAGAGACAUCGUCGUCACUCGGUUGGAACUUUCGCUAGUAAAGACAAAAUCAGUACAACUAGUUUCAUUGAUGAGCCGCCAUUGGAAGAAGCACCCCGUGCUCCAACGCAUCAUCAAAAGAGAAUUCCAUAUCAGAGAGAUCAGUCAGUUUUGAGUGCUUCUGCUUGCGCUAACAUGGACGACAUAUUAAUUGUGACAGCAAAAAAUAGUGAACUUGGAAUUUUGUGGGUCAACUAUUUGAGGGCAUGUUUCGAUAAGAUUACAAAGCAACGCGGUCGGAUGUCUUUUAAUUUCUUACAUAUCAAGAUUGACGAUGACAAGUUCGACAGCGAUUUAAUUCAAAGAUGUCAUACAACCAAGCUACAAAUUGUUAUCAUUUGUCCAUUAUUAAUAAAUUUGGAAUUUGGGAUGGUAAAGUCUAGAUUAUCACAAAUAUUAAAAUCUGAUCGUACUAUUGGGAUGCUUUUAGACGUAAAAGAAGUUCAAAUGCUUGAUAUUCACAGAGAUAUCUUUCCAUCGUAUAACAAAUGGAGGAAAUGUGUAAUCCGUGACCAUGAUCAAUCAUUUGUAAGCAAUUUUCUGGGAAUUGCACAAGACAUUUUAGGCCGUGCAUUGAGACAGCGUCCGCUUGCAACAGAAGCUGCAAAUGUGAAUCACACGACUCACAGAAAUGGAGUGUCCAACACGAUUGUAAGCGGAAAGAAUCAUGAUAAUUUUACAGUAAUUCCAAAGAAGAUGAAAAUUGGUCAAAAUAAAGCUACGGUUAUGUUGACGGAACCAUUAGACAGAGAUGAUUUUGUAAAGGUGAAAAUUGAGAAAAUUGGACACACUCUUGACAUAACAAACAUUAAGAGACGGAACCCUUACACAUUUCAUUUUACCGUACCUGAAUCGUGUAUGGAGAUAUCAAUGAUGAUUGGUAUUCGUGUAUAUAAAAAUAAUACUGACCUUGGCGUACGACCCAUAAAAUGUGAGAGUCGUUUGAGAGAACUAGAACAAAUUUUAAAGAGCUCUGAGGCCCCGAUGGAUUUUAUGUGCCAAGCACUUGGAAUUUCUUCAGCUGAUAACGAAAAGUUAGAUUUAUACGUCGUUCAGUCAUUUCAAAAGAAUAUUCCGCCAAAUUUUCAUCUCUUAUCAUCAGUCAAUGACACUUCAAGUACUCUGAGAUUGCAUAGUGAUGCAAAUCCCGAAGAAUAUCCAACAUUAAUGCAUUUUGCUGCACGAUUUGGACUUGAACGACUCGGAUUAUUGCUACUUGAAUGUCCUGGUGCAGAAACAGCAUGUGAAUUGAGAAAUUUAGCUGGAAAAACACCCGCAGACAUUGCAGAGUUGCAUGGACAUUUCAAGCUGUCAAAUAGCUUCAAAAACUUUUCGAAAAUGAAUGAGUUUACAACAAUGUACCAUUAUUUCAAAGGCAUUUCCGAAACAGCAGAUGACAAAAGUGUUGUUGAGAUACAAGCAGUUACAGUCAAAGAACAUCACCUUCCACCGACCGAGGAGUGUACGAACGAUUCAUAUCCAACACAUUAUUUGGAAAUGAAAAGUAUCAAUGGAAGUGACGGCAACAACAAUGAUAUUAAACUUACAGAUAUAAAUGAAUCUCAUGGUAUUGCAGUUGCGAAUCUCAGUUAUCUCAAUUUGGACAAUGAUAUAUUGGAGUUUGACUCAAUCGAUGUUGUUGAUGGACCAGCAAUUGAAAUGAAACCAUUAAAAAAGAGAGAUUCAAAGGAUCUCAUAAAUAAUUUAAAUAAUAUGAAAAUUAAAGAAGAGGACGAGAAAGAAAUUACGAAUGAAUUGAAGAUCACAGAAGAAAAUUAUUACGAAUCAAAUGAACAAAAUAAAGUUGCUGAUGACUUUAGUAACGUCUGUUCAGAUGCUCUUGAGAGCACUUCACAAACGGAAACAAUAUCUUUAACACAAUCAACAAACUCAAUUCCAUCAUCAAACAGCGACAAUCAGCAACAGUCAUUUCAGUUUUCAGAUUAUCUUAUUCAACCAUCAAAUCGUCCUGUUACGAAUGCCUUUGGCGAUUAUCUGACACAUCCAUCAAACAGACCAGUCGAACAUGAAGCUUUUAUGCACGAUUAUAUGAAUCAAUCUAUUGAAAGUGAAGACAAAAUAGAAUCAUCACAUUUACGAUUGUAUUUCAAGAAGAAAACACCGUCAAUGACAAGUGACAAGAAUAUAAAUGGCAGAGAACUUGCAUCGCCAACAAAAUCGCAUAAAUCUACGGGCACACUGAAACGAAACGAUAGUGAUGCAUCAUCAAAGAAAAGUGUCGAUGAUGAACUUCUGGAAAUAAUUAAUGACUUUAAGAAUAAUGUUUUUACAAUUCAGGAAGUGGAAGAGUUGGUUGCAACAUGGAAGAAUCGAAAUGAUGUGAAGAAGAGCUUUAAAGAGAAGCAAGAACAAUUACAAAAGAUGCGAGAAGAAUAUGAGAAAAUACAGCAAAAUAUGAAGGAUAGAUUAAAGCGUCCUUCACCUUUCGAACGAAUGAAGAGAUUAUUUAUACGAAAGCAUGACAAAACGCCAAUGAUGGAUUUUUCACUGCCGAUUAAUUUAACAGGAAAUCCAAAUUUUUCAACAUUACCAAAUUCCAAUCAACGACCAAAUAGUACAUUGAGUCUACAUAGUGCAUCUAGUAAUUCAUCAGGAAGAAUGAGUACGAGUAGUCAAGUAAGUGUAGGUGAUCGAGACAGUGGAACACAUUCUGAUCAUGAAGAUCGAAGGAAUCAUCAUCUUAAUAGCUUUAAAUCUAUUCAAAAUGGAAGUUUAAUGGAAAACUAUUUAAUUCCACCAGCACCAAGACCAAUUUUAACACCUUUAUCUACACCUGUAGAUGAAAAGUGUAGUUUGUCAAGUUUUUCAUUAAGUCAAAAUGUAGCCACUACAUCAUCAGCAGAAGUAGCUAAUGAACAUUACAUUCUAUUCCCUUCAAAUGUACCCGUCUUUUCACCUACUAUAAAGAAACCAAAUGAAAACACAUUCAUUACUUUUAAAGGCAAUAAAUAAUAAAUUCAAUAUUUCUAUUAUGUUAGAUCUUAAGGAUUUUUAAAGUACUCUGAUAGAAAUGUAAUUAAUUUAAUCGAACAAAAAAAGGAAAAACAUGAGAGCAAUUAGUCAUUUUUUUAUACAUAUCUAUAUAUCAAAAAUUUAUUAUCGAUAUUAUUAUUUAAGGCUUAUAUUUUAUGUAUAUCAAUGGAAUCAAAGAAAAGAGUAUUGACAAAGAAUAAUUAAAAAUUUAUGUUAGAUAUUGUAUGCAUUCUUUUUUCUAAUAAACAGUAAUAAAAACCAAAUAGUUCUAUGGGGCCGUUCACUUAUUACGUUCGCAUUUUAGGGGGGGGGGGGGGUUAUGAAAAAUUGUAGCAAAAUGUAAC